AUGACCACUUCUGGGUCUAAAGAGGGUGAGGUUCCCGCGGGAGAUACUACUACUACUGAGCUCGGCAAGCAAUUUGGUCAGGAUUCUGAGGUGAGGAAGCAAGUUGUUAUUUCAGAGCAGACUCAGGCCACACAGAGGAAGAUAGAUGCCUUCGAGCUGAGGAUACUAGCUCAACCCCAUGAAAUUUUGUGCAACUCAAGGAAUCUUAAUCCUAUGUUAUGCAUAAAGUGGAUAGAGCUCCAUGGAGAUCGUGCUGGCUAUGAUGAUCCAGCCAUGGUGAGUGAUAUUGGGAGCAUUGAAGGUAGAAGUUAUCUCUUCAUUGGUCAUCAACUUUGCAAUGACAACCCAUUUAUGAGCUAUGGGGUUUUUGCUGAUUUAAGAUCUAAAGAGCUAGGUCAGGGUGAGCCAAUAGCCCCCAAUUUAAGGGCAAUGUUUGGGCUGAGAGUUGCAAUCAUAACAAUUUUAACUAAUAAAGGUGGUUCAGGCAAAACACUUGCCAUUGGAUGUGCAAACAAGUGGUUAAUGUUGGAAAACUCAGCAUUUUAUGUUGCUAGGUAA